UUAUGUUAUUGUUUCAAUUCUGUAUUUUUCAUUUUUUUUUAAGAUGACUCGAAGGACUUUUUAUAGAAAACGAACUCGAUUACAAAAAUGAGAACAAUUAAAAUAUGAUUUCGUUACUUCCAAGACAUCUACCCUCAAUCAAUCUCAAGAAAUAUUCGAAAAUCAAAGUGAGUCUAUAUCAUCUGCACCUAUGAAAGUCGAAGAAAUUAAGGAAUUCAAACUAGAACGUAUUGAAUCAAUGAAUGCAUUGGGAACGACAACUACCGAGAUAAUAAAUGGUCCGUACGCUUUAACAAAAUUAAAAUAUUAUUCUUUUGGUGAAUCAAUAGUCUUUGAUUCAUUGCAUACAUUAUAUUUGGAUGUAUUUAAAAAGUUUUGUUCGUUGAUUUUUUCCAAAUCCAAAACUAAUCGUCAACAAAAAUGGUCGCUUUAUAAUAAAAUAAAUAGUAUUGAUCAAGGGUUAUCUUUUGUUAAAAUUCCAACUACUACAAAUCGACGAUUUCAAACAAUAAAACAUAGUGCACGUUUCAAGGCAAACGAAUUCAGAUCUUUAAUGCAUCACGGAUCAACAUUAUUAUUACAAGCAAUGUUACCAAAAUAUCGUCGACAUUUUGCAUUGUUAUUAGCUGCCGUUAACAUUGCUUCUAAAGAUACUAUUGACAAUUGUGAUAUAAUAUUAGUUAAAGAAUUAUUACAUCAAUAUGUAAAAGAUUGGCAAAAGAUAUUUGAUCUUCGUCAUAUGUCAUCCAAUAUACAUUCACUUUUACAUAUUCAUGAAUCAAUACAAUUUCUAGGUCCUUUAUAUAUGUAG